AUGGACUAUGCUCAAUUUGGUGAUGUAGUGACCUUUGACACUACUUACAAAUUAAAUAACGAGCAUAGACCUUUUGGAACAUUUGUUGGAUUUAAUCAUCAUCGAGAAAUAGUUAUAUCUGGUGUAGUGUUGAUGUAUGAUGAGACUGCAGAAUCAUUCACAUGUUGUAGUUGCAAGAAGUUUGAAGUGAAGGGCAUAUUGUGUCGACAUUGUCUGAAGGUGCUUAGAGAUAUAUUGAAUGCAACGAAGCUUCCUGCACAAUAUAUAUUGAAUCGAUGGACUAAAAAAGAAAAGGCUGAAAGUGUGAAAGAUAACCGUGGGUAUGACAUCAAGGCUAAUGUGAAACUACAUCAAAGCGACCAAUAUAGGUCAUUGACGAAUAUGUUUAGAGCAAUAGCAAGUAGAGCAGCUGAAAGUGAAGAAACUUAUCAUUUGUCACUUUCAAAAGGUGAAGAAUUGAGUGUAAUGGUUGAAAACAAGUUAAGUGUGCACAUUUGUGGUCGAGUGGAGGUUACUGAAUUGAGAAAUUCCUCAACUAACACAUGCCCACAAAGUGAUGAAGUAGAUUGUCCAAUCCAAGUUAAGGGAAUCAAGAAAAGACAAGCAACUUGUAAGGGAAGAAGGCGGAUCAAAGGCAGGAUGGAAAAAUCUAUUGCAAAGAAGAAAAUGAUGCAAUAUAAAUAG